AUGGCAGGGUUCGGCAGCCUGGCGUCCAAGACGAAGAAUGUGGUGGUGGCGGGCGGGCUGACGGGGUUCGUCUUUGGGGUGUACUACUACACCAUGUGGGCGGUGGGCAGCACCGACGAGCUGCAGGUCACUAUCGACAAGUUUGAGGACCUGAAGAAGAAGGAGGAGGCAACCUUCGCAGCCGCCGCAAGCGCCUCCACCCCGGGAUCAUCAUAA